AUGGUGUUCAAAGCUGCGUUUGUGUUUCUAGGGCUCCUCAUUGGAAGCAUAGCUCUACCUCUAAAUGAGGAGGAAGACAUGUCUGUCUUCUUCGACCAUCCUGACAUAACACCAUACAUCGUUGGAGGGCAAACUGCUGGCAAAGUCCCUCAUAUGGUAGCCCUGACCACUGGCAUCUUCACCAGAUCCUUCAUGUGCGGAGGUUCUCUGGUGACCAGGAAACACGUCCUCACUGCAGCACAUUGUAUUGCACCUUUGUAUAGUCGCGGAUCUCUUUUAAGUUCUCUGCGUGGUAUCGUCGGCACUAAUCGCUGGAAUUUCGGAGGAGUCGAACAUCAAUUCGCCUACAACAUUAGUCAUCCUAAUUACGUAGCCUCCACCCUCAAAAACGAUAUCGGUUUUUUGGUAACAAGCCAGGAAGUAUCACUAAACGAUAACAUACAAUUGGUUCCGAUCUCCUACGAUUUCAUCGGAGGUGAUGUACCUGCUAUUAUCAAUGGAUGGGGCAGAAUCCGGACUGGGGGAUCAUUGUCGCAAAAUCUGUUGGAGCUCAAGACAACAGUUAUCGACGGUCAACAAUGCAUCUCUGACGUUGCUCGUAGAGGUGCAGAACUUGGUAGGAGAGUUCUACCAGUUGAACCACAUAUCGAAGUCUGUACUUUCGUAGCACAGAACUUUGGUAACUGCCAUGGAGACUCCGGCAGUGCCCUCCUUCGUCAAAGUGACGGCCAACAAAUCGGUGUUGUGUCUUGGGGUCUUCCUUGUGCUCAAGGCGCACCAGAUAUGUACGCAAGAGUUAGCGCCUACCGUGACUGGAUCGAACAAAGCAUUCAAUAA